GAAAACAGUCCUGGAGGUGAGACGGGACGCGAGAACCGGCGAGAAGAGUGAAGAGUCAGAGAGGAGGAGAUCGACCUACGCUCAGGGACAGCACGGGGACCACCGAGGAGGAGAGAAACUCACAGAUCUACACCCUUUUUAACCCCGUCCUUGCACUGGUAAAAAUAUGAGCGAAGUGUUUGGCAUCACCCCACUGCCUGGCGUGGAGUACCCGCUGUCUGUGAGCUACUGCGGGAACUGCACCAUGCCCGUUGAGUACUGUGAGUAUUACCCCGGCUAUGACAAGUGCAAACAGUGGCUGGAGAAGAAUCUGCCGGAGCUGUUUGAGAAGCUGAUGAACGAGAGUGGCAACAGUGGGAGUGGAGGAGGUGGAGGCGAGGAGGGAGGAGCGGAGGAGGAGCGCAAGAGGCAGAAGAGGGGCGGCAAGGGCAUGGUGAAGAAGAAGAAGGCUCAGGAGGGACCAAGGAAAGUUGUUGUGUUUGUGGCGCCACGUGGCAAGAAGAGAAACACUGUUAUUGUGGGACUGAAGACCUUUGACAUUGAUCUCAAGUUUGCUGCCAAGUUCUUCGGCACCAAGUUUGCCUGUGGGUCAUCGGUGACUGGCGAGGACGAGAUUGUGGUGCAGGGCGACAUAAAGGACGACCUUAUUGACCUUAUCCCGGAGAAGUGGCCUGAGAUUGACGAGGACAGCAUAGAGGACGGAGGUGAACACAAGCGAUGAUGGAAGCAGUGAUUGGCCGACCCUCCGCUGUCCCUCAAACCUCCCUGCCCUUGAGAUGCGUAUAUAAACUCACUGGAAACUGAGAUUAUGAAAUAAAAUGCUUCUAAAUUCA